CGUGUCUGCCUCUGUGGUUGAUGCUCGUUCGUCGUUGUCUUGUGUGUCCACGCCCCAGAGAGAACUGCAACGCCUUCAUUACUUUCAAAAAAAGCCUUUUUCUGUUUGCCAUGGCUGAUACGGAGAUCUUAGAGGAGCAAAACAAGCUGAAAAGAGGGCUGGUGAAAGUCCUCGAGUGUGUUGCUACAAUCUCGUCAGCGGCCGCCGUGGUGAACCCCAUCUUUGGUGUGGCAGGCUCGCUGAUCCGUCUAGUCCUGCACCACGUUGACAACGAAGAGAUCCAGACACUGAAGUGUGAGUUCAGCAGCGUGAACCGGGCACUGGACGAGAUCUCCCACCAGAGCCGCACAGCCCUACUACAGAUCAAGAAGGAGACGCUGGACGGCCAGUACUGCCGCGUGGAGGAGAACAUCCGCAACCAGUUCCGCAAGUUCAUGGAGGUCGUGGAGGCACGGCCCGAGCACCAGCAGAGCAAAAAGGAUGACUUUGAAGAGAGCUAUGCCAAUGACAUGGGCGACCAGAACCUGCACACGCUCUACGACGGUGUCAUGGGGACACCAAAGCUCUUCAGCAGACCCAUCCUGGAGGUGUACAUGACAUACUCCAAGGGUGACCGGCAGGUGAUGGAGCGCCUGUGCACCCGUCUCACCUACCUUUUCUGCAUUGGGCUGAUUGCCCUCAUGGGCUACGCUGCCAUCAUCAGGGAUGAUGAGGAAGGAUUGAGUGAGGAAUGGGCCAAGAAGAUGGAAAACCUGCAGGAGAGGAUGCAGGAGGUGCUGAGAAGAUGCAAGUGAUUCCUCCUCCUUUUCCACACAGCAGACUCCUUAUGUAUUUCCUAGAGCGGGGGUCACCAAACCUGGUGCUGGAGAACUGCCUUCCUGGGGAGUCUAGUUCCAACCAUAGCCAGGCACACCUGCUCUAGAUACACUGAAAAAAAUGGAUUGUUGGAUAGGAGUUGGAUUUACUUAAAAAAAAAUAAUAAUAAAAUCAUAGCAUCAUUUUGCAAGCAGCUUUUUAAUAGAUUCAGCAUGAGGGAUUUUCAAGUAAGUUGAACAAAGCAGCUUUUGUUGUACCUACUCAGCUGUCUUAAGUUAAAAGUUACAUCAGGUCAGCUCAAACAAAUAAAGUCCUAUUUAACUAAAAAACUAAUUUAGUGAAUGUAAGCUAAUGUAAAAUAAACUCAUCAUAAUACUGUAAGUUGCAUUUGUUGUAUUCCAUAUACGCAUGCAUGUAUCUUAAAUCAAUACUUUAACUUUCACAGUCAUUCUAGACAAACUGUGCAUGUAAGCAUGGCAAAUGUAUGACAAAAAAGAGGAAGGUUCCUCUUAGGCCUCAGCUGCUGCAGUGUAGUGAAGCUCAGGCAGCUGGCCUGGGAAGCCUCGUAGCCCAGAAAGAGUCCUUAGCCAUGGCGGAUGGUCCCCUCGUGGGUGUGGUGUAGUAUUGCUCAGGUGGCUGGCCUAGGAAGCCUUUUAGUCCUGAAAGAGUUCUUAACUGCAGUGGACCAUCUCUUUUUCUGCAUUGGAGGCCUCAUCGCUGUGGUGUAGAGUAGCUCAGGCUGCCGGCCCGAGAAGCUUUGUAGCCCUGAAAGAGUCUUUAUCCACAGAGGAAGGUUCUGAUCAGCAUGGUAGGCCUGUAAAAUGAAACAAUCUUUCAGUAUUUGCUUGAAAAUAAGUUUACACAUUAAGCUUGAAGCAGGUAUUGAACUGGCUUUACCACUAAAUUUACUAGACAGUUACGUUUGAAAUGUACAGUAGCCAUUCUAUCGCAGAAUUAGUUUAUAGGUUCAGUUUAACACAGUAUCAUAAUUUUACCUAAUAUACCAGUGUCUCCAUAGCUGUAACACUCCUGUGUGAAUGAGCUUGCAUUGUGCAUGAGACAGGAGUUUGGAAGUAGCAGAAAGAAAGGGUUUCAAGUAGUGAUGACACCACCCAAGUAUAAAUACAACCCUGUUUUCAAAAAAGUUGGGAUGCUGUGCAAAAUGUAAUCAAAAACAAAAUGUAAUGAUGUGCAAAUCAUUUAAGCCCUAUAUUUAGUUCAAUAUAGACAACAUGUCAGAUGUUGGAACUGAGAAAUUUGAUAGUUUUUUUUGAAAAAUAUAUGCCCAGUUUGAAUUUGAUGCCUCCAGCACAUUUAAAAAAAAACAGG